CGCCUGGGUGUUGUGUUACAGUGUACAGCCUUCAUUCCUGAAGCCCAAGCGGUGCUUGAUCUGGCUGACCAGUGCCCAGAGCAGGUCCAGAAGGGAAGGUUCCCCGUUAUUGUCAUUGAAGGACUGGAUGCCACAGGUAAAACCACGGUGACCCAGUCAGUUUCAGAUUCACUCAAGGCUGUUCUCUUAAAGUCACCACCCUCUUGUAUCAGCCAGUGGAGGAAAAUUUUUGAUGAUGAACCAAAUAUCAUUAGAAGAGCCUUUUACUCUUUGGGCAAUUAUAUCGUGGCUUCUGAAAUAGCUAAAGAAUCUACCACAUCACCUGUGAUUGUGGACAGGUACUGGCACAGCACGGCCACCUAUGCCAUAGCCACUGAGGUGAGUGGGGGCCUCCAGCACCUGCCCCCCGCCCAUCACCCGAUAUACCAGUGGCCCAGGGACUUGCUCAAGCCCGACCUGGUGCUGCUGCUCACAGUGAGCCCCGAGGAGAGGAUGCAGAGGCUCGAGGGCCGGGGCAUGGAGCGGACCAGAGAGGAGGUGGAACUGGAGACCAACAACGUAUUUCGUCAAAAGGUCGAGGUGUCCUACCAGCGGAUGGAGAACCCUGGCUGCCACGUGGUUGACGCCAGCCCCUCAAGAGAGAAGGUCCUCCAGAUGGUUUUACGCAUAAUCCGUAAUCAUUGUAGUGCGUUGUAGUUACGCCAGGCCGGGCGCCACAUCUGACUAGACGGAAUGCUGUUUGAUCCACCCACAACAGGUUCUGAAAUUUUCCCGGGAUUCAAUUGCAUAAGCGUGUUGUGUGGCAGAAAAUUGGAGACUAGACUUUCCAGUUUUACCUAAAACAUUGUACUUGCUUCUGACCGAUGGACCCGUUAAGACUGAGACUGGGCACCUUCCAGUGAGAGAUGGUGACUGCUUUCUGCCAAGUACAACAAACGUUUUCUUGGAAAAUAUUUUUAGGCACAUCCCCAUAAAACCCCUGCAGGGUUUAUCUCCUCUAGAAAGCGUGAGGGAGACAGAAGCAACCAAGAAGACCCUCCAAGUCAGUGGAAGAGUGACCAGCCUCUCCCAUGCCUGCGCCGGCUCACUGAUGACACCUUGAUGUGCCCGCAGUUGACUUCCUGUCAGUUUUGCCUCACUCUGUCUUUGUGAGCUCGGUCCCGCACCUUAGAGCCCAGUGCUCCCAAAGAUUGCGUCUGCGUGUCCCAGCUGCUGGAAGACUCUCCCACUGGCCCAUCUCGUGGGGAGGAGGCACUUACCAAGAAGGCAUCUGACUCGUGUUUGAGACCAACAGUCCCUGAGAGGGUCCUCUUGGUUAGCACUUUAAAGUCAAACACAGAAGAGGCCAACUCAGGGUGUUCUAAACACAGACACACCCACAGUCCUUGAAUUCUGUUCUGAUUAUUUAUAUUUCUCUUCUUUCCUCUGAAAACAUGGGUUUGGACAGAGCGAGUGUUUUGCACUAAAGGAGCUGCAUGAAUCGCAGCCAGUCCAGCAGUGUGUGUUUCUUGAUGUUUACAUCUUGUUUGUCCUCCGUGUCGGGGCUGGGCUUCACCAAUCAAAACUGAAGCCAAGAAGCUGAGUGCAACGCUUGUUACAUGUUUUCACUGGACAGAUUUCAUUUCUCCUGCUAAGGAAGCGCACUGGUUCCCGGAAGGGGAUUUCUUAGCGUCUUGCUGUUGAAAGGCUUCUCAUUACACAUGAAAUCAGCACUGAGAGCUGAGAAAAGAGAAAACUUAGUAGUUAUUUGACCCUGGGUGAGUCACUUAACAUUAAUAGCCCAUGUAACUUGAUCUAAAAAUUGAUAAUAAUUCUUUGUCUUAAGGAGUUGGCUGAAUCAGGUGAUUACCUAAAAUUCCUUCCAGUUCUAAGAUAGAUAAAUCUGUAAAUUAUUUUAGGGGAAUGUCUCGAGAAGACAUUUCCCCGAGAUAGUUAAAUUUAAGGUGUUAUCAGGUUUAUCACGUGGAAUCUUACAAUAGAGCUUAGUAUUAACUAUAUCAUACUAUUUUUCAAAAGAACUAUAGGUAAUGCAUACAUAAUAUAUGUAUGCAUAUAAAUAUGUCAUUUGUCUCAGUUCAAAAUAUUUUUUAAGUCUGAUAAAUCACGUUCAGUUUCUUUAAGAUGUGAUAUCUAACUAUGCUAUUGGAGUUACUUACUUUGAACAUUCUGGAAAGUUUAUGCUGGCAGCCUAGAAACACAGACAUUUAAGUCAUGACCCUUGCAAAUGAAUAAACUAACUGUAAUUUUCUAAUCUA